CAGACGGCGCCCGGCGGCGGCGCGAACGGCAGCGAGGAGGGUUGCUCCGGGCUUGGUGCUCGCCGCGGCUUCCCGCGCAGGGCCCGGCCGGACCUGGACCCGCAGCCUGAACGACGUUGGAGGAUGCGGACGCGGAGGCGGCCUGGGGCAGCGGCGGCGGGAGGUCUGGCGCUGUGCAGGUCAGAAGUUGAGUAGCAGGGGCCCAGGAGGGCUCGAGACCUUCACAGCGAUGGCAGAAAAGCGACCACUGGGAACUCUGGGGCCUGUGAUGUAUGGCAAGCUGCCCCGCUUAGAGACAGACCUGGUGCCCGAGCACAGCCUGCCCCCCUCUGUUGGCAGCCAGGUCCCCUGCAGCUACAAGGGGUCCUACUUCUCCUGCUCCGUGGGGGGUGCUCCCAAGGCCGAGUCUGAGCAGCUGGCGUCCUGGACCCCAUACCCACCCUUGUACUCUACGGGGAUGGCAGGACCCCCACUCCGGGCGGACAGCCUGCUGACCAGCUGCCUGUUCUACCAUUCGCCGGCAGAAGGCGCUGAGAAGAUGCGAGACUCCAGCUCUGCUGAGCUCCUGCCCUUCAGUUCCCAGGCCCACUCCUACCCGGGCCCGCCGCUGGCAGUGCCCAAACCUGUCUACCGCAACCCUCUGUGCUAUGGGCUCUCCACCUGCCUGGGGGAAGGAGUGGUGAAGAGGCCACUGGAUGUUGACUGGACUUUGGUGACCGGGCCCCUGUUACCCUCGGCUGACCCACCCUGUUCUCUGGCCCCAGCUCCUAGUAAGGGCCAGACUCUGGAUGGCACUUUCUUGCGGGGGGUGCCAGCUGGGGGAUCCAGCAAAGACUCCUCAGGGAGUUUCUCUCCCUGCCAGCCCUUCCUGGAGAAGUAUCAGGCCAUCCACAGCACGGGCUUCUUGGCCUCCAGGUACACAGGUCCUUACCCUAGGAACUCCAAGCAAGCAGCGUCAGAGGGGCCCUCCAGUCCUUGGACCCAGCUGGCCCAGCCCCUGGGGCCACCCUGUCAGGACACUGGGCCCACCCACUACCCAACCCCCCACCCCCCACUACCCCACCCUCCACAGGCCCCGCCAUGCCCUCCAGCCUGUCGCUACCCAGAGAAGCAGGGCAGCUACAGCCCAGCACUCCCACUGCAGCCUCUGGAGGGCCACAAAGGGGCUGGGUACCAGGCUGGUGGGCUGGGCGGCCCCUACCUGAGGCAGCAGGCAGCCCAGGCACCGUACAUUCCCCCAGUGGCGCUGGACACUUACCCCUACCCCUCUGCCCCCCACCCAGCACCCUCACCAGGCCUCAAGCUGGAGCUGCCUCUUGCUCCGCGGUGCCCACUGGACUUUGUCCCCCAAACACUGGGUUUUCCUUAUGCCCGGGAUGAUCUCUCUCUCUAUGGAGCAUCCCCUGGGCUUGGAGGGACGCCACCUUCCCAGAACAAUAUGCAGGCUGUGCCACAGCCUGGUGCCUUCCAGAGGGCAUGCCAGCCUUCCCCAGCCAGCCAGCCCUGCUCGGAGCCUGUGAGGCCUGCACAGGAAGCAGAAGAGAAGACCUGGCUGCCCAGCUGCAGGAAAGAGCAGCCCCAGCCGCGGCUCAGUGAGCACUCUGGGCCGCCCAUCGUCAUCAGAGACAGUCCAGUUCCCCGUACUCCGCCAGCACUGCCCCCCUGUGCCCGGGAGUGCCAGUCUCUUCCACAGAAGGAGGAUACAAGGCCACCCAGCUCUCCACCAAUGCCUGUUAUUGACAACGUCUUCAGCCUGGCCCCCUACCGUGACUAUCUGGAUGCACCUGAGGCCAUAGCUGAGCCUGACGCUGCCGCAGACGAGCCUGACUCAGCCCUGGCCACCAAUGAAAGCCAGGACAAAGGCUGCAGCGGGUCCCUGCCCACCCAGGAGGGCCCCUCAGGGAGUAAGACCUUAAGGGGCUUUCUUAAGGAGGACGUAGCCCUGGACUUGAGUGUGAGGAGGCCCACAGCAGAGGCCUCCCCCGUCAAGGCUCCCAGUCCUGUGGAGCAUGCCAAGCUCACGGCAGCUGGGAACGUGCCAGAUGUGGGCAACAUGGUGUCAGAUCUGCCAGGCCUGAAAAAGGUAGACACAGAAGCACCAGGCUUGCCUGGGGUGCCAGUGACCACAGAUGCCAUGCCAAGCACCAACUUCCACAGCUCUGUGGCCUUCAUGUUCCGGAAGUUCAAGAUCCUCCGUCCGGCACCUUUGCCUGCAGCUGUGGUCCCGUCCACGCCCACCUCAGUUCCUGCUCCUGCACAGCCUGCGCCCACCCCCACAUCUGGGCCCAUUGGACUGCAGAUUGUCGCUCAGCAGCCCUUAUCCCUGACCUGCUUCAGCCUGGCACUGCCCAGCCCUCCAGCCGCAGCUGUGGCCUCCCCUGCCCCUGCCCCUGCCCCUGCUCCAGCUCCAGCCCGGGCUCGGGCUCAGGCUCAGGCUCCAGCUCCAGGCCGUGCCCUGGCAUCCACUUCAGCAGCAGAGGACUCCCCGGAGCAGCACUUUACAGGACUACACACAUCGCUGUGUGAUGCUAUUUCAGGCUCAGUGGCCCACUCUCCUCCAGAGAAGCUUCGAGAGUGGUUAGAGACGGCUGGGCCCUGGGGCCAGGCUGCGUGGCAGGACUGCCAGGGUGUGCAGGGGCUGCUGGCCAAGCUGCUGUCUCAGCUGCAGCGUUUCGAUCGAACCCACCGGUGCCCCUUCCCCCACGUGGUGCGAGCUGGCGCCAUCUUCGUGCCCAUCCACCUGGUGAAGGAGCGGCUCUUCCCUCGGCUGCCACCUGCUUCUGUGGACCAUGUGCUGCAGGAGCAUCGUGUGGAGCUGCGGCCCACCACGCUGUCGGAGGAGCGGGCGCUGCGGGAGCUCGCCCUACCGGGCUGUACCUCACGCAUGCUGAAGCUGCUGGCGCUGCGCCAGCUGCCUGACAUUUACCCCGACCUGCUCGGCCUGCAGUGGCGUGACUGUGUACGCCGCCAGCUGGGUGACUUUGACACUGAGGCUGGAGCUGUGUCCCCCUCAGAGCCCACUGUGGCCAGAUAUGAGCCAGAGAGACUUGCCCUGGCUCGGAAGUCACCGGCCCCCAAGGUCAGGAAGCCAGGGAGGAAGCCACCAAGCCCUGUCCCAGAGAAAGCAGAGGCAGCCGCUGGGGAAGAGUCCUGUGGUGCCUCCGGUACCCCUGCUGCCAGUGCCAGCCCGCCUGGCCCCACGCUGAAGGCCCGCUUCCGCAGUCUGCUGGAGACCACCUGGCUCAAUGGGCUGGCCCUGCCCACCUGGGGUCACAAGGCCUCAAGACCAGACCGGCCCUCGCCCCGCCCACAGCUGCUGGACCGCCAGAGCCCUCAUCUGUAGCGCUGGUUGCCGGUGCCCGGUGUACGGCGGUCGCUCUCCAGCCUUCCUUCUGCCUGCCCAGCUGCCCGGGCAAGGAGUGGAUGCUGGGGCCAUGGCUGCUCUCCUGGAGGGGGUCCAACUCUGACCCUGGGGCCCACCCAGGGUGGGCUGAGAGCCUCCGAGCUUUUCAUGUGAGGGUGUUUGUUGGAUAGGACUCCUUCCUGUUCUUCCCUAGAAAACGCACACAUGGGCUCUGGAGCCCGACAGGUCUGGGCUUGAAUCCCGGCUCAUGUUCUUGCUGUGUGACCUGGGCAAGACACGUCACCUCUGCUGAGCCCUGAUUCCCCACGUGGGAAAUGGGACGACGCCACCUACCUCACAGGGUUGUCGUGGGGAUGCAGCCUGACACUCAGGGGUUGGUCUCUGCUUCCUCCCUGGGGCAGGGCGGAGAAUCCGAGCCAGAGAACCUUCCUGUAGAAAGUCUUCGUGUGUCCUAGGACCUGGCUGUCGUAGAGUGGUACCUUAUGCAGCAGGUGUGACUCACACCUUCGGGAGUCACCCCCAGCACCUGGGGUUGGGUUGGCCCCAGCCCUCAAGCCUGGAGCACCCCGAGGGGGCCUGCCCUGCCCACUCCUGAUCCCAGUGUUGGUGCAGGGAUGCAGCCUGUAGCUGGCGUCCUUUUUCUGGGCCUGCCACUGCCACCCCAGGAGGCCCCAGGCCUGUCCUGGUGCUUCCCUUAACUGCCUCCCCCGCCCCAGGCAUUCUCCCAGGAAACUCGCGUUUUCUAGAAGCGAAGCAGCUGCCGGGACUCAGGGACUGGUGCAGGCAGGCUGAGGGGCAGCUCAGGCCCAGAAGGCCUCUGAAGAUCUGGACUGAGGACCCCGCUGCUCCCCAAGCCGGAGCCCAUCAGCCAGGCCCGCUGGCAGCCACCUGCCUUUGGAGGGCUGAGCUGAGCCAGAGGCUGGCAAGCUCUGGGCCUUGUUUAAGGGAUGCUGAUGAGCCUCUGGGCCCUGGAGGCGGCCAUUAAAGCACCUGGCUUGUGUUUGGAA